AUGCCGCUGGGGCGCGGGGAUAUGGAGCUCGUGUGGAUGGUCGCGGCGCUGUUGUCGGCGUUGCUUUUCGCGGGGGCGGACGGAGCUGAGGCGUCGAUUACGAACACCUGCCAGGCCAGGUCGCGUCUCGUCGGUUCCCAAGAGCUACUGUUGGCGGCGGAGGGAUGCGCGGGGAGCGGCGCAGAGGCGGGCUGCUGCGAGAAGGUGCAAGAGACGUUCGGCGGUCGAGGAGCGCUGGCGUACUGUCUCUGCGACAAUUAUUACUAUUCACAAUUCCUCAUGGAAGUUCCUGCAAAGCUCGGCAUUCCUCCAGACGACUACCUGCAAAUGUUGCUGGAAUGCAGAAUUCCAGUUGUUGGAAGGCUUGAAUGCCCAGGCACGACUGAGGAAUUUGACGCAGAGCCACUGGUACUGGAACAAGGCCCCUUGCAAGACUUUCUCAAUGGUAUUGCAGGCUCACCACCACCUCCUCCCGCAGUUCCGGUAUACUAUGUCAUCUACGACUAUGAAGCCCAGGCCACCACAGCAAACAUAUCGCUGGACAUUCCCGAAUUGGAGGUCACCAUCUUCGCUCCCACGGACAGCGCAUUCAAGAAGCUUGCUGACGAUGUGAGGACCACGAUUGACAACUUCACGGACCCAAUGUACACUGAAGUGGUUGACGAGAUCCUCAAGAUGCACAUCGUGCCGGACGUGGCCGCCCAGUCCCGCCGCCUCUUCGACCGCCACGUGUUCAGGACGCUGCACGGCGCAGACGGCGAGAUCAGGGUCCGCGUGGACGACGGCGGCAUCGAAAUCGAGUCUCCCGGUGGCAACAAGGCGCGGCCCGCGCGGGUAGUGCAGGCGGACAUACCGGCCUGCAGCGCACUGAUCCACAAGAUCGACAGGGUGCUCAUCCCGCGUGCGGACAUCCUGUCCGGAUGA